AUGUCAAAAAACACCCCUCGCUCAAUAGCCAGCGCCGGCAGCGAGUCCGCAGGAAGCAUACGCCAGCGCUCUGCCGCCCGGGCAGACCGCUCGUCGUCAAAUCCUGCUUCCUACAUAGGAGACAACUAUGACACCGCGCUCCCCUCCAUGGAUUUUCACGCGCAGCCCGCCGUCGCCCACCGCCGAACGGGGAGCACCCUGAAGACAGUCAUGCGCAAAAUCUUCAAUCGAAAAAGGCAGAGCCAGGCCGAUGAAUUGGAGGAGACCCCGUACGAAUCGGCGUUUAGUACGCCGAAGAACUCAGGGCCUGUCAGGGGAAGGCCAUUCCUGGCGGUGCCCCCGCCAUUGAAUCUUACUUCUAAUCGAAGUAGUCCGCUGUCGGCGGAGAACCUCCAGCUGGCGGAAACGCAUUUGUCUCCGCUUUCUCCACUAUCUCCGGCGUCUAUGCACUCACCCGGUCUGCCGCGCCGGAGGCGUGCCACGCUCCCUAGCGUGAUCUUCUCCGAUGAUGAGUCGCGGUAUGCCGUGGCUUCCACUGCGAUAUCCGAACCGCGAGAAGAGAUGAGCCAUGUUCAAGAGCGGCGACACAGCCUAUUAUCGCAUAGGUUGUCACGGAGCACCGAUGCACUGCAGGCGAUGACCGAUCGCCAACCAGAGGUGAUCACUGCUUGGCCGGCUCGGAAGUCAAGCGCUGGGCCUGCCUCGGCAUCAGACUCCCGCUCCCCGCGCUUCGAAGAGAGCUCCAACAGCGGCCAAUCCGGAAGACCGUCAACGGGCACAACUGUAACCAGUGUAACGCGCGCCUCUGCUGCCCCAUCAGUCACCGGAUCCGAGCACCAAGAGCCCGCCCUCCCCUCAAAUCUAGCAACCCUAGUACACACCAUGCAGCACGACGACAGCGUCACACUAGAACAACGUCUCACUACCCUCGAAGUGAAAAUGAUAGAUCUGGAAUUCGCAAUCGCCAGAAUGCAAACCAACGACUCCGCCCCCACGCGUCCCAAACAUCCAGCCUCGGACUCUCUCCCCCGCAAACCGGGCUACAUCUCACCCUCCGAUCAAACAAGUCCCCUCCCUUCAAUCCGCCCCUCAAGCACCUCCACAAUCCGCCCCGAACGCUCCCUCCGCCCCACCCCUCCCGCCUCUUCCCUCUCGGACUACCACGGCGUCUCAAUAGAGCAAUAUAGCGCCCUAGUCACCCUCCUCCGUCGCGAGCAAACAGCCCGCCGAAAUCUCGAGAGCCAACUCGGUAAUCUGAGAGACGACGUUCGUCUCUUGCAGCGCGCAGCUAUGGAAUCCAUUCAGUCAGGAACCAUGCAGCCAGUGCACACGACCGACUCGCCCGAGUUUCUACGCUUCAGGCGCGCAUUAGACGACGACUCCUCGCCUCCGCUGAGAUCAGAGGAAAAGCCCGAUGCAGACUCCGAGUGGGAUCGCUCGGUCUAUUCCCGUGAUGAUCCUGUCGCCCCUAAGUGGGAGAGACAGAGGGUCGUCACUGCGCCUAUGAUUUGA